AUGCAUGCAUUGGAGAUCCCGCGGAAUGCAGAAAGAGAAAGACAUAAAAAGAGGUAUGUCAAUUCCCCUUACUGCUUCGCACAACAAAAGAACCGAUCCCGAAUCGAGUUUCAUGGAGAGACUAUCCAUACAGACGACGGGCUCCUCCAGCCUCAUCUCUCACUGCCGCAUACAAAAAACGGCCCACUCGCAGAAAUGGUCACCGAACUGAGAGCGUUGGUCUUGGGACUAACCGUCUCCAAAGCAUAUGGCACUGCAGUCAAUUCUACAAUCCAAAAGAAGCAGGCAGUCUUCCAUCCACUACUAGAUAUCCCCAUGAACAAUAUAUACACCAAAAUACUUUCUUCUCUCGCCUGCGAUGUGAUGGCGAGUGACCUGGGAUAUCCCCAACUUUACAUCUUAGGAAGAUUGCCCGUCCGGUACACUACAUCGGAAUCGAGCGCACUGCGGCGAGCAACUUAG